AUUCACUGAUUUCCGUUCAAGGCAGUGGGCGGCGCGCGCGCUUUCCGUCUCCUUAAUGCGAUAUACGUGAAGAGCGCGCGAGUCCGCAACCGUCCAGCCAACCAACCAACCAGGCGGCGCGCGAGCCCGCUCUCCUUAAACCAACCCAGCAGAACCAAGCCGAGCUGAGCCAGUCUGUAUCGAGUCCGUCCCACACACAAGAGGACGGGCUCAACGAUGACCUCUUAGCGCAUCCGAUAAUUUUAAUUUUUUAUUAUUUUUUUUAAACAAACGGAAAACAUUUUUUUUCUUUUCCUCCCGGCUUUUGACGUUGAGCUCGUCGACACCAUGUACUCUACGGCUCCGAGAACCGAUGUUUGCAUCUGCCAGCUGCUUCUAAUCAGCCACAUGGUUCUGGCGGUGGAGCCGCCGGCCCAAGGCCUGGAGAAACUCCCAGAAGAAAUGAACUGGUCCUACUCAGGUAGCCUGAACCAGCAGAACUGGGGGAAGAGUUACCCAUCCUGUAAUGGCGCCCGGCAGUCUCCCGUGGACAUCGACGAGAUGUUUACCCAGGUCAGGAUGCAGUUCCAGAACCUGCAGCUAGAGGGCUGGCACAUACCCACAUCGGAGUCCACCACCAUCCAAAACAAUGGGAAAACUGUGGUCAUCAACCUGGGAGGGGACUUCUUUGUAAGUGGAGGAGGGCUGAGUUCCAGGUUUCGUGUAUCCAGACUCAGCUUCCAUUGGGGGCGCUGCAAUGCAACGUCAGAUGGGUCUGAACACAGCUUGAACGGGAUGAAAUACCCUCUGGAGGUGCAGAUUUACUGUUACAAUCCCAAUGAAUUUCAAACUUUAGACGACGCAAUGGAGAAUGGAGGAAGGGUGGCUGCCUUGGCCGUUCUCUUUGAGGUGAGCCUGGAGGACAAUGGAAACUUCAGUCCUAUAGUGGAAGCAGUCAGUGGUGUGAGCAGAUAUGGUAAGAGUGGAUCAGUGGACGCUAUCACCUUGAGCUCCCUCCUGCCCAACGUCACCGAUAAGUACUACAUCUACAACGGCUCGCUGACCACUCCUCCCUGCUCUGAAUCUGUAGAAUGGAUCGUCUUUAAACACACGGCGCACAUAUCAGAAGCACAGCUGGAGGUGUUUUGCGAGGUGAUGACCAUGGAGCAGGCCGGGUUUGUGAUGCUCACGGAUUACCUGCAGAACAACUUCAGGGAGCAGCAGCAGCAGUUUAUGGGCCAGGUGUUUGCCUCCUACACCGGAGUGGAGGAUGUACCCACACCCACAUGCAGCUUGGAGCCGCAAAACGUCCAGGCUGACGCUCAGAACGACACCACCAUCGUGGUGACGUGGGAGCGCCCCCGCGCGGUGUUCGACACCACCAUCGACUGGUACACCGUCACCUACCAGAGGCUUCAGGGCAGGGAUCAGAACAAACAGGAGUACAGGACCGACGGAGACCAAGAUGUGGGUGCCAUUAUCUCCAGCCUGCUAGCUAAUAGCAGCUACGUGGUUCAGGUGGUGGCUAUUUGCACCAACGGGCUCAAAGGACGCUGGAGUGAUCAGAUUAUAGUCGACAUGCCGUUAGAAGAACCCGAAAGUGAUUCCAGCGCCGACACCGUGACAAAGGAGGCUGACAGCCACAGGGAGGGAUCGACUGUAACUGGACCGAAGAGGCCAGACAACCAGAAUCACCUGGACGUGGCUUCAGAAGACCACAGUCCAGUGGAGGAGGUCCCCGCUGACCAGACAAGAGUCUACCAGAACCAACCUACCCAACAUCAGAAAAAGCCCACAGAUCAAACCCAAAUAAACCAACACACUCCGGUCCAGACCGGCAAACAGUUAACGCCAAAGACGCCGUCCGAGUCCGUCAACCUACAAGAAGCUCUGCCGGACGAGAACAUGAGAGAGAAAGCAAGCUCAAAUAGGUUGAUCCCUCAUGGUAGCAACCAGAACUGGAUAGAGGACGAUCAGCUGAUCCCAGCGAACUCACCUGUCACAAGUCCAAGUUUUGACAGCACCAGUGCCAUUUGGGUUAACCGGAUAACUGAGGAGCCAGGCCUUUUGUUUCCAGUUGCUCGGACAACGGUGUCACCUGCAAUUCGUCAGCAAAUCACAGAAGAGGCGUCGUUGUCAAUCCUGUCACCUCAGCCAUUGGAUCCUGAUCUACCAGAACAGGCUAGUGAAAAUCCCCCCACUAAGUCUGAGCUGUUCACCCACCCAGAGGAGGAUAUUAAGGUCACAGAUGUCUUCUAUGAAGACACAGUCACCGGCUCUCCUCUAGGAGUCAUCACCUACCCUCCAACAGGAUCUCCUUCUGUGGUUCCAGGUAACAAAGUGCACGAAGACUCGACGAUGAACCCCGAAGAGAGUGGAGCCGCUGUAAGCGAACCUCUGCAAACAUCCUUUACCUCAGAUUCAGCCAGCCCAACGUCAGAGUGGAUAACAGAAAACACGGCAACAGGGGGCAACACUCUGUCCGACUCCUUCUAUAAAUCCUUCACCACCUCCUCUUUGCUCAGAGGGCUGAUGCACACCACUCAGCCCCUGUUCAAUGAGGGCAGCAACAGCAGCCAUGAGUCUCGGGUGGGGCUGGUUGAAGGCGUGGAGAAGGACAACAGGACAGUCGUUCCUCUGGCUGUCGUCUCCACUCUCACCACUCUCUGUCUGCUGGUGCUAGUGGGUAUACUCAUCUACUGGAGAAACUGUUUCCAGGCAGCCAAUUUCUACCCGGAUGACCCCGCGUCACCUAAAGUCCUGUCUGUUCCCUCCACGCCCCUGCUGCUUUCCACAGAUUGCCACGAGCCGCUGACGGUGAAGCAGUUUGUGAAGCAUGUCCUGGAGCUCCACAGCACCAAUACCUUCUCCAGGGAGUUUGAGAUUGUGAAAGAGUCGUAUGAGGAGGUGCAGGCGUGUACAGUCGACAUGGGCAUCACCGCCGACAGCUCAAAUCACCCCGACAACAAAAACAAGAACCGCUACAUUAACAUCCUGGCCUAUGACCACAGCAGAGUAAAGCUCUCCAACAGUUUGGACAGAAAUGGGAAGUGUGGGGACUACAUCAACGCUAACUUUGUCGAUGGUUAUGAGCGAACGAGGGCCUACAUUGCGGCUCAGGGGCCAUUGAAAGCCAGCCGGGAGGACUUCUGGAGGAUGAUCUGGCAGCAGAACGUUGGAGUUAUUGUCAUGAUCACCAAUCUGAAGGAGAAAGGACGUACAAAAUGUGACCAGUACUGGCCGGAAGAGAACCAGGAGGAGUACGGUGCUUACCAGGUGGCUCUGAGAAGCACCAAGACUCUAGCGUACUACACACUCCGGACAUUCACAGUCAGGGAUACAGCUAAUAAGGUGCCACAGAAGAGAGUGGAGCACACGGUCCUGCAUUACCACUACACCCAGUGGCCGGACAUGGGUGUCCCAGAGUACACUCUGCCUCUGCUGUCCUUCAUCAGGGCGUCGUCUCGGGCCCGGACGCAGGAGAUGGGACCCGUCCUGGUUCACUGCAGCGCUGGCGUAGGAAGAACAGGAACCUACAUAGUGAUAGACAGCAUGCUGCAGCAGAUCCAAGAUCAGGGAAUGGUAAACGUACUGGGCUUCCUAAAACACGUCCGGACACAGAGGAACUUCCUGGUUCAGACGGAGGAGCAGUAUGUGUUCAUCCAUGACACUCUGGUGGAGGCCAUCCUAAGUCGGGACACGUCAGUCACUUCUGACCUUCUCCACAAUUACGUCUCUGACCUCCUGAUCCCAAGUGCCACAGGAAGAACGCGCAUGGAUAAACAGUUCAAGCUGAUAAGUCAGCGCCAGGCAAAGUACGCAGACUACAGCACUGCCCUGAAGGAUGGCAAUGCUGAGAGGAACAGAGCAAGAGCGCUGAUGCCUGUGGAGAGAUCAAGAGUCUCUCUGGGGGCCUCAGAAUCCAACUCCACUGGCUACAUCAAUGCCUCCUAUGUAACGGGACACCACUGCUGUAAAGAUUUCAUAGUGAGUCAGACUCCUCUGAGCAGCACUAUGGAGGAUUUCUGGAGAAUGAUCUGGGAGCACAACACACACACAGUUAUCUGUCUGCCGGACACAAACAAUCAGAAUGAAAAGAGGGACUGCUGUGUCCACUGGCCUAGUAAAGACCUGCCACUGAGAUUUGAUACAUUCACUGUGUCUCACACGGGGGAGGAGCUUGUACAUCUGACCAAUGAUGAGAGGGUUUUUGUGCAGGAUUUUACAAUGCAGUCUUCUCAGAACGAUUGCAUCUUACAUGUACGUCAGUACAGCACCCUCUGCUGGCCUAACCCAGACAGUCCCAUCAGAAACAGCUUCGACCUCAUCAGCAUCGUCAGAGAGCGCAGCAGACACUCACAGGCACCCGUAGUCGUUCACGAUCCGUUGGGAGGAGCUACGUCGGGGCUGUUCUGUGCCCUCAGCACCCUGUUCAGCCAGCUGGAGGAGGAGGGAGCGGUGGAUGUCUACAUGGUGGCACGGAUGACCAACCUCAUGAGACCUGGGGUUUUCAAUGACAUUGAGCAGUACCAGUAUCUGUACCGAGCCAUGCUGAGCCUGGUGAGCAGCCAGGAGGACCAGAGAGCCCUGCAGAGCCCGGAGACGAACGGGUCGGUACCGCUGGGCCAGUCCAACGCCACAGAGAGCCUGGAGUCGCUCAUGUAGCCCCGCCCAAACUCCCACAUGCUGGGAUGUUAUGCCUGGGCCGUUCAUGACUGUGGAAAGUGAGCAACAUAAUGCUUUAAUGUCCACUUGGUCAAAUUUAACAAUUUAUUGUAAUAUUCUUCAGCUGUCUUUCAAAAGCAGUAAAGCUCAUCACAGGGAGAUUGAAAUACAGCAACAUCUACAAAGCUGUUUGCUAUUUAAAGUGCUCAUUUAUUAAAAUCUUUUAUUUUUACAUAUUUCAUCAUCUGAAAUAUUAUCGGAACACUGCAGUUCAUCAUCUGAUGAGCAUCCCACGUUUCCCCAAGCACCAAUGGGAAGUGAUGACUUUACUGAUUUUGUUGUUAACUUUAACCCUAAAGUUUCUAUUAAUAAUCGUGGAUAAUAAAUUGAUAGGUUGAAAUGUUUAUAUUUUGGUUAUGCUUAUGCCUUGAAAGCAACAGAAAAAAAAGUCAUCCCAUGUGGCAGAUAAAAUACAAAAGUAUUCCAAAAGUUCUGAUUAUAGCAUUAACAUGUUUCGAAGAUACAAUGCAGGUCAAAGGUUAUGAGAGAGUUGUAAUGUUUAGUGGCAAUUAGCCAAAACAUCAAUUAUAGUUUCAGUCAAACUUGAAUUAACAGAGGCCUAAUAUACACGUUUUAAAAAACAUCAUAAAAAGGUCUGCAGUGGCAUCAUGCUCUGUGAACGCACCUACAGUUAAACUUUAUUUUGCUCACAGGAUUAACCAAACAAUCUGUUAGCAUUCCCUCUGGGUGUAUUUACACCUUACUUUGUUGGCGUGAGAUAUGAAAGUAUCUAAAAGGAAGCCAUGCUGUUUGAAUUCUCUAAAUGUUAAGGCGGCUGUUUUUUAUGCUGCUGAGUGUUUUUGCAUUGCUAAAAAAAAAAGGGCUUUACGUUGGUCUAAACAUGAAGAAUUGAAGCGUCGGUGCUGGUAUUUUGUUGUGUAUAGCCCGUCUGUAUUGGGAUAAAGGGUGUGAAAUCGUCGAUGUGCUACUGCGGAAAGACAAAAGCCCCUUCUGCAUUGUCAAAUCUCACUAGCUGGUUAAUAUCUGGUUAUGUUCUAACCAAAGUUGGGUCCUUCUCCAUUGGCAUCGUGUUCCUCAUUACGUAGGUGGGAAAGUAGGUGGGCCGUGAGUGUACAGUAGUUGUGGUCGACACUCCUGCGAUGUCAUUUAUACCCUUGAGUGGCCAGUUUCUCCAAAAUCUCCAGAUAUAUUUCUUGCAGGAUCAACUGAACAGUUGACGCUGUGUUCUCUUCCGUCAAAAUUGCUAAAAACAUUUGGACCUCAAGGUCUGACCAUCUCGCCAACAACUAUGGUCUCAUCCUUGUUGAUGAGACAAGGACCAUUAGUCUGAUUCAAAAUGGUGGUUGAGAAGGGUUUGCUGAUGUAAAUCCACUGGCCAGUCAACAGAUGAAACCUGUUGUCAAUCAAGUCAUUCGCACAGAAUACCAAACUAGGACCUGCUAUACCACAGGUGUCAAACUCCAGGCCUCAAGGGCUGCUGUCCUGCAGUUUUUAGAUGUGCCACAGGUACAAAACACUGGAAUGAAAUGGCUUCAUUACCUCCUCCUUGUGUAGAUCAGUUCUCCAGAGCUUUGCUAAUGACCUAAUUAUUCUAUUGAGGUGUGGCGCAGCAGAGGCACAUUUAAAAGUUGUAGUAUUUCGGCCCUUAAGGACUGGAGUUUGACACCCCUGCGCUAUACCAUUCCGGAAGUGGUUCCAAAAAACAAAUGCCGCAGGAUCUGCAAAUGUAGAUGAAUCUGGCUAUGUCUGACUGGCAAAGAACCGGGUAAGCCACGCAAAUGGAGAAGGGGCUGAAGUGAGUAACGUUUUGCCUCCAUGUCAGUCUCUGUCCCACCCCCCACAUUUAAUGGUCGCCUGACCAAACUUAGUCUGAAUCAUCAAGAAAAAGGGGGCCAGGCUGCCCUGCUGUUGGAACCAUUUCAGACAUUCAGGAUGCGGUGGUGAAUGACUAUUCGUCAGUGUAGACAGAGCGCCUGCAUUGUGGAGCAUGAGAUUAGGUAAUCCUGUUGAUGCAAAUUCUAUAGCAAUGAUGCAAAUGUAUGGGGUAUAUGUAUGGUGUCUCAGUAACAAUGUUCAGGACACAGAAUUGAUCAAUGUCUAAAAACAUCUGAGGUGUUCCAUGAUGUUUGCUAGAGAACCAAAAGCUGCUAAAGCCAUGUCUCUUCAGACGCUACUGAUAUAAGACACAUACUUAUUGAAGUUCCACAAGGAUAUAUAAUAUUCUUAAACUUUUGGUUCCUCAUUUACGAAUAGCUUUUUCUCUUUGGUUCUCCUUAUGCCAUCUACUGAGGAUCAUGAAACGGACGAAUCAAAGUGAAGCCAUGACGUUUGCCCAACAUCUGAAGAAUUCAAAGGCGUUUCGGUUAUUUCAGGUCCCACUGUGGCGUCAUUUAAAGCUCUCGUGAAAACAUAUGAGAUCAGGAGUUACAACGUGAGAAGAGUCUAAAUGAGAAUUGUAUUGUCCGACCUGACCUUUGAACUGCGCUUAAAAACUGCAGAAUGCAAAUGCGUCGCUAACUCUUAACAGCCGCAGAAUUUACAUCUAAACAGGAUGGUUUCUUUUUAAAUGGUGAUUCAUUAUUGUUUGAUAAAGAGGUUAGUCACAGAUUGGUAACCAAAAACAGCUUUAGUACCUUACCUGUUCUAUCUAAAGUGGAUAUACAGAGAAUAGAUCCCCCCUGUUAAAAAUCCUGGUUAUAAUUUUUUUUUUUAAAUGAGAUGAUGAGAAACAAACUCAAAGCUUUUUCCACCUUUCCUGUCCUGAAGCACAUUUUAAUUUGAUGUCUAUCAAUCAAAUGUUGACUUGGCAACCCAUGGCAACACAAAUGGUUUCUGUCAGAUAUAGUUCUAUGCUCUUGCUUGGUCCAAAGCAUUUUUUUUCCCCCUAUGAAGUCAUUCUUUUGUUAUACAUAUAUUUUUUUUUUGUUUUCUGAAGUGAUACAGAAAAUUAGGUUCAAAACUGACAGAAAUGUAAAACUUUUCAUAAUUUCUCCCAUCACAGUUUUUCCAUAUUUGACCGAAUGCUGGACUAAAUCAAAACGUGCUCCUGCCACCUGCUGGUGUGUUAAGGGUUUGAACACUUACACAAGUCGGUAACCAAACUUAUGUCCAAUGUGUUUUUCUAGUCUUUGAAAAAAUAAAGAAAAAUAUUUUAGUUGUUUAAAAAAAAUCUUUGAAAUUCCCCAAACCAGGUGGCAUUAAAAUGAUUCAACUUUACAUGGAGAACAUUAUUAUAGACAUCCAGGUUUUUGUGAUUUUCUUAGAAAAACUUAAACUAGUGCAGUUUCUUCAGUUUUGUUGAUUUAGUUAAGAGUUAGAGAAGCAAAAAGCCUUUCAUGGCAUUUCCUUCAGUUUUUCCCACACACGAUGUCUUUAUAUUAUAUUAAACGUGGAAAAGAUUUUGAAUUGAUUUGAUUGGGGGAAUUUAUUUAUUUUGUUCUUUUGCUAAUCUGUUUUUCUCUGUAGGGUUAGCAGACUGAUGCUGUAGAAAUGAGAUGCAGAUAAGAGCAGAAAUCGUGACGCGGCGGAUAUGAGAUCAGCUGCACUUUGUUUUUUUUGCUUACUUUGUCUCCUUGCCAGUGCCUUCUGUAAAUCCCAUUACUGUACAUUAAACCUCUUGUGGUUCGUUUCAACACGUGCUCUGCUGCGACUCCGCCUGCCGAACGCUCAGAAAGAAAUCCAAGCAGCAGCGAGAACCUGAGACCAAUUUUUAUAUUUUCUCUUCAACAUAAGCAACAAAAAAAAAUAAAAUAAAAAAACAACUAAUUCCAGCCGUUCCCUCGGUAACCUGCUACGACUGUUGCAGUUUUGUAAAGAUGCAGGAAAGUCACUGAUGUGACUUCGAGCUCAGCAGACUGUGAUCCUGAUCCGUUUCACCUUCUGCAUGUAAAUACCCCUUUCAAGGCCAAAUUACUGUAUGUUUAUACUGUACCUUUAUAUAGUUUUCUAUUUUACUAUACAAGCUGAUUUUUCUAGCCAUUUCCAAGAGCAGACUUGUGGAUUCUAUUUGAUGAACUUAGCCUGGAAAUAUUGAUUAUGACUAUAGUUUUAAUUGAAUGUUCUGGAGUUUGUUUUUAUCCCUCUCGAUUAUUGUAGCAGCUUUGUGUCUUUUACCUUUGACCUCCAGCUAAAAACUGGGGAAGUGUUUAUGUCAAAACCAUAAAAUUAAAAAGAUUUGUUUCAAAAG